AUGCCCUCGUUCGAUGAGGUUUUGAAAGAAGCUGGGGAAUUUGGGAGAUUCCAAAAGAGAGUCUUUUUCCUCCUUUGCCAGACAGGUGUAACUUUUUCCUUCCUAUUUGCCAGCGUGGUUUUCCUCGGGCGGGCACCGGAGAGUUACUGGUGCAGGAUCCCGGGGGCAGCAGAACUGAGCGCAAGAUGCGGCUGGACGCUGGAGGAGGAACGCAACCUUACACUGCUGCCCCUGCGGCUCGUGAACAAGUCGUCGAGCUGGGAGUGCGAGCGGCCGGACACGACGUGGGACACCUCGGUCAGCUGCGCCGACCCCCUCGCCCGCCACGGAGCCGGCAGCCUGCCCCACACCGCCUGCCACGGAGACUGGGUCUACGAGCAGCCCCACGCGUCCAUCGUCAGCGAGUAUAACCUUGUGUGCGGCAAUGCCUGGAUGCUUGACCUAACGCAGGCUAUCCUCAAUCUGGGAUUCCUGGCUGGUGCSUUCAUUCUAGGCUACGCUGCGGACAGAUAUGGCAGAAUUCUCACUUAUCUUCUUUCCUGCCUUGGCGUUGGGAUAUGUGGUGUCAUAGUUGCAUUUGCACCAAACUUUACUGUAUUUUUGAUCUUCCGCUUUCUCCAAGGUGUGUUUGGCAAAGGAACCUGGAUGACAUGCUAUGUGAUUGUGAUGGAGAUUGUUGGGUCUGACCAGCGGAUCAUUGGGAUUGUGAUACAGAUAUUCUUCACCCUGGGAAUUAUGAUUCUCCCUGGAAUUGCAUACUGGAUUCCCAGCUGGCAGGGUAUCCAGCUGGCCAUUUCUCUGCCCAACUUCCUUUUCCUGCUCUACUACUGGGCAGUUCCUGAAUCUCCACGCUGGCUCCURACACGUAAAAAGGGAGAGAAGGCAUUAAAAAUCAUGCAUGACAUUGCAAAACACAAUGGGAAGUAUCUCUCACCACAUUAUUCAGAGAUCACUGUUAGUAAUGAAGAGGUCAGCAAUCCCUCAUUUCUUGAUCUAGUUAGAACUCCCCGGAUGAGAAGAAAUACACUGAUUCUGAUGUAUGCCUGGUUCACAAGUGCCAUUAUCUACCAAGGGCUUGUCAUGCGCCUAGGAAUUGCUGGAGGAAAUCUCUACCUAGACUUCUUCAUCUCAGGAGCCGUAGAACUUCCUGCAGCUCUUCUGAUUUUAGUGACMAUUGAUCGCAUUGGUCGGCGCCCUCCCUUUGCCAUAAGCAAUAUUGUGGCAGGAAUCGCAUGCCUCAUUACUGCCUUCUUGCCAGAAGAUCUCCCAUGGUUCAAAACCACUGUAGCCACACUGGGAAGACUGGGCAUCACUGUGGCUUUCGAAAUUGUGUAUCUUGUGAACACUGAAUUGUACCCUACGGUGCUGAGGAACUUUGGUGUUUCCCUGUGCUCGAGUCUGUGCGACUUAGGGGGCAUCAUAGCCCCAUUCCUGCUCUUCCGAUUAGCAACCGUUUGGCUGGAGCUACCUCUAAUUAUUUUUAGCAUUCUCGCAGUUGUCUGUGGGCUCUUAGUACUGCUUUUACCAGAGACAAUGGGAAUCUCCUUACCAGAAACAGUGGAUGAUGUUGAACAGCUUUCAAGUCAUUACAGUAAAUGCAGCAAGAAAAGGAAACACCGAGAUACCAACUCUUAUAUUUGAUCUUUGAAGAAGGACAACACUGAGCAAAGA